AUGAGCAUGAGCAUAAAAACCACGCCGACCAAAGAUCUGUGCCAUCCCUGCGAUCACGUACCCGUGCAAAAGCCUUUACCUCCACCUCCAGCGCCUCGCUGCUCUACUAUCACUGGCACAAGCGUCUGCAGCAGCCGCAGAUCCUCUGUUUGUAGCCGCUCUCACUCAACCAUCAGCCGACCGCCGCUCAACGCGACAAUCAUUGCCGCUGCUGCUGCCGCCGUUGCUGCUGCGACUACCAUCACCAGCACCACUACCGCUACUGCUAGCAGUAGCACUACAUCUGCCACCCCAAAGUAUCGCCCCUCCGUGAUCGCUGCCGGAUACGAUCGACCACUUUCACGUAUGCCCCCGUCCAUGAGCAUGCCGCCCUCGUCCUCCUCCAUGCUCGUCAAGCACAAAGCCCCGACAAAGUCCGUCAAGCUCCGUCCUUCCACUCCGCAUUCGCUCCCAGACCCACCCCCGGUCUCGUCCGCUCUCUCUGUUUACGGCGGAUGCCAUUGCGGUAGCAGCACCUGUCGCUGUUGCGAGCGCGACGUCAUUUACGAAGGGCUGCGUCGCGACCUUGCGGACGCAGAAUUCGAGUACGAGGAGUGCAUCUGCCUCCCGAGGGGCUGCACCAGGAAGCCCGAAGACCCGCCUGAGAACUGCCAUCUGCAGCGACUGUGGUACUAUGCAAAGGAUCUUGCGGACUACAUGAUGGCCGUUGAGCAGUAUCUGGAUGAUCUGCAGGAAGGCUUGAAGGCCCAUGUGUGCGAGAAGAUGAGACGAAGGGAGCGCGCUGAGGCUGAGGAAAGAAAGUUGAAACACGAGUUGGAGAUCGUCAAGGCCAGGGCCUUGUAUCUGACUUCGGACAAGUAG